UGUAACCAUAUGGCAAAACAAUUUAGUCAUUCCAUACAAAGACUGAAAUUGUCUAACGAUGAAGGCGUGUAUGGUUAUUGCUGGUUUGAUAUUGAUAUCGAUGUAUGAUCAAGUAUUUUCAGACGACAAUGAUUCAGUGGAGAAGGUAGAGGAGCAAAGUUUAACCAGUGAACUUGUCAAUCUUUUAAAUGGAACUUAUUUCAAUCUGAACGAGAAAGUAUGUCAAUUGCAAAGGAAAGUCGAUGCGAUCGAAAGAGUCGCAGAUCCUGACCAUCAGUGUGAGUGUAACGAGACGGAAAUCAACGAAUUCAAACAAGCGGUAUCAGAUGAACUUAAUGCCUUUUCAAAGAUAUUGUCCGGUUUUGAAAAUCAAAUGCGCCUUUUGCAAAAUGAGCAGGCAGAAUUACGUGAGUUGAUCGGCGGAGGAGACAGCGACGACGAUGUAUCUACUACUACGACUACUACGACUACGCCUGCCCCACGUAUCUGUGACCCAGGCUGGUUCUCAUCUCCGGAAAAGUGUUAUUACGUGUCCUCAACUUCCGAAAAAACAGAGUGGAGUAUGGCUAUGUCGCGCUGUACAGCCAAGGGGGCAAACCUGGUUGAGAUUCAAACAGACAAGGAAGCUUCAUUCAUUAUGCGUAACCUGCCGAGUCGUGUUGGUAAUACGGACAUACUAUAUACGGGACGUAAGAGGAACGACAGAGAUGGUUGGGUUUUCGUCAGCAAUGACAAGAUGGUCGACACAUCGGUGAGGACAUGGGCUAGCGGGGAACCUGACGGAGGAUCCCAGAGAUGCGGAUGUACCAGACAAUCAGAGAGUUUCAUGAUGUUGGAUUGCUAUUGUACCGGAUAUAACCUCUUCUUUAUCUGCGAGAUUGAACGUUAGUCAUAUGCUGUCGUGCAAAUCACAACAUAUGUCGUUCUAUACAUAAUGCUGAUCAUAUGGAAAUUCUAUAAAAGAAUUAAAUUUUUGUAAG